AUGAAACAAAGUCAAGUUCAACCAAAUCCCAAAUCUCAAGUUCAACAAUUUCCACAACCUCAAGUUCAAAAACAACAGAAACUCAAGUUAAAACACGCCACAAACUCAAGUUCAACAAAGACACAAACUCAAGUUCAAAAACACCACAAACCCAAGUUCAACCAACACCCAAAUCUCAAGUUUAACAAUUGCCACAAACCUAAGUUCAAAAACACCACAAACUCAAGUUCAAACAUGACAAAAACUCAAGUUCAAAAAACACACAAACUCAAGUUCAACAAACAACAAGAACUCAAGAUCAAACACGACACAAACUCAAGUUCAACCAACACCCAAAUCUUAACAAUUGCCACAAGUUUAACAAUUGCCACAACCUCAAGUUCAAAAACAACAGAAACUCAAGUUCAAACACACAAACUCAAGUUCAAACAUGACACAAACUCAAGUUCAAAAACUCAAGUUCAGCCAAUACCCAAUUCUCAAGUUUAA